AACCAAGUUUUGUGGCAUCGUAUGAAAUUGGAAAUUUUACAUAUUUUUUCUUUAGAGAAAUAGCUGUGGAGUAUAUAAAUUGUGGAAAGAUUAUAUAUUCAAGAGUUGGCCGAAUGUGCAAAAAUGAUAAAGGAGGACAGUUUAUUUUGAAAGACAACUGGACAACAUUUUUAAAAGCUCGCUUGAACUGUUCAAUUCCAGGCCCUUAUCCAUUUUAUUAUAAUGAAAUUCAGAGUAUUUAUUUCAUUGAAAGUCAUCAAAUUAUGUAUGCUACCUUUACAACACCAGAGAACAGUAUAUAUGGCAGUGCCAUAUGUGCUUUCAAUUUUUCGGCUAUACAUAAAGCUUUUAAUGGCCCGCUCAAGUACCAGAGUAAUCCAAAGGCAGCAUGGGAGAAACAUACUGUAACUCAUAAACACUUUCAGUGUCAAAGUCCGGGCAGUACUCAGCACUUGUUAGAUGCAGAAGCCUAUCAAUUAACUGAUGAUGCUGUCCAAUCUGUACAUUCCAGACCAGUAUAUAUGAGGGAAUUGGAAAGGCUGAGCUCUAUUGUUGUUGAUGUUGUCUCAACUAAGUAUCAUGAUGACAUUCAUGUUUUGUAUGUUGCAACAAAUGAAGGUGAACUUCGAAAGCUAGUCACUGUUCCAAACUCACCAGAAAGUUGCCUGAUAGAAAAACUUGAAAUUUUUCCCCCAGGAAAAUCUCAGAAAAUUAAAAUCUUGAAACUGCUGAAAGAUACAAAUUCAUUAUAUAUUGCAACUAAUGAUACAAUUCUUCGAGUUCCACUUCAUCGAUGUGAGCGUUUUGAGAAAAAAUCUGAUUGUUUAAAUUCUUUGGAUCCAUACUGUGGAUGGAAUGAGUAUCAAAUGGCAUGCACUACAGCUCCUCAUCGUAAUCCAUUGAGUAGCUUUUGGGUGCAGAACCCCAUACGGUGUCCAAAGCCUGAUGCUCCAGUUGAUGGUGACUGGGGAGAUUGGUCAAAAUGGGCUCCAUGUUCUCAAUUAAAGAAAGAUUCUUCUAAUGAUGGCUGUUUGUGCCGGGAGAGAUUUUGUGAUAGACCUAGUCCAGCCAAUGGGGGUAAGAAAUGUGAUGGCAUUUCAAUACAGGUUACUAAUUGUACAGUUCAUGGACAAUGGACAGAGUGGUCAGCUUGGUCUGCUUGCUCUCAGUCUUGUGGAGUUGCUAUUAAAAUGAGAAGAAGGACUUGUGGUAAUCCUGCACCAAGCUAUGGAGGUCACAACUGUAUAGGGCCUGAAAGAGAUGAAAUGUAUUGUAUAGCAAAUCCUCCUUGCCCAGUUUACAUUCGACUGCCCAUACAUGGUCAUUGGUCAGAAUGGAACUCUUGGAGUGAGUGUAGUUCUCCUUGUGGAGGUGGAAUUCAAACUCGAGAACGCAGUUGUGAUGAUCCUAUGCCUCAGUAUGGAGGCAAGGAGUGUAUUGGUUGUCACCAGGAUUUUCGUAUUUGUAAUACCCACAUGUGUCCUGAACAUAGGAAAACAUCUCCAUGGACUUCAUGGAUGAUGGUGAACUUCACAAAAGAUGGUUUCUUUCAGCAAAGAUUCCGAGCUAUAUGUCGAGCAAAUGUUGUUGAUGUGAAUGAUAUUCGCUUAGGACAUUUAAAGAAAGAAGAGAGAUAUUGCUUGGAGGGCAGCUCAGGUUGCUCAGAUCCAGGUUCUAAGAAUAUUGAUGUUGACUGGUCUGAGUGGUCCGAAUGGUCAUCUUGUUCUGUCACAUGUGGAACUGGUGUACAAUACAGGGAGAGAACAUGUGACAACCCAUCGCUUUCAGGAAGUGGUGCAGAAUGCAAAGGUUCUUCUAGAAUAGAAAGACAAUGUGAAUUGCCACCCUGUGAUGAAUCUGAAGGUUGGGAUGAAUGGACUGUUUGGUCUCUCUGCGAUUACAGACAAGAACAGCACAGACAACGUAAAUGUAGAAUUGAUGUUCCUAGCUCAAAGUACUGUUCUGGUGCUAGUCGGGAAACCCGUCUAUGUGUAAAUCAAGUAGAAGGUGUGAAAUAUGAUGUUGAGGAAUCUCAUGUUGCUGAAGACGAUGGUAUAUACAUGGAACAUGUAAUUGUUGCUUUCAUAGGAGGAUUAGCUGCUGGCUUAGCACUUGGAACAUUAGGAAUGUAUUUUUUCAAGCAGAGAAAAAUUCAUGACUUACCACGUCUUACUCCAAGAGGAACAGAUGCUAAUCUAUAUAUAUCAAAUACAGAGUGGAAAGCAGCUAGACCAUUAACUGAGAGUCCUUUAAAAGUACCUCAGAAGGAAGCAACUAUAAAGCGCAAUUGCAAUGGGACUCUGACACGAAAUUUACGGACACCUCUGUAUUCAGAGGAGAGCUAUUGUACCUGAAGUAGUCAGAGCUUGAGUUUAAAACUCGUAUAACUGGAAUCUAAGAUGAAAAGUUUAACAGUUAUGACUCAUUUUUGAGGAUCUGUGCUGUGGUCCAAUACAGGCUAGUCGAAUUAAAAAAGUUCAGAUAUCAUAUGUGCCAUUAUGUUCAAGGAACUGUGUAUAGCUCCCCCCUCAAUUUUCAGAUUUAAAUUGCUAUUCAUUGCAGAGCGAAAAAAGUUGUUCAACUGUGUGAUGUUGCCAAACAUAUAAUACAUACUCUUUAAUUGUAAGAAUGAUGGAACUGUCAUAGUUCGUUUUGUACAGUGAAUGUUGCCAAACUGAUUAUACACAUGACUUUCUCUUAGUCAAAUACAGGCAUUCAUCAUGUAUAUUUAUAAAGAGUUAAGUUUCAUUUUCUGUCAUUUUUAUGCUUGAGAGCCAAAAAAAGAAAGAUAUUCCUCGAAAGACUCAGUUUUAAUCAAACAACUUUCUGAACAAUCUUUGUAAAAGUGAUAUGUACACAGUCUAUCAAAAUGCAUCCCUGUAAAGGAAGUAUGAAAGAUUUUAACAGAAGGAAAUAUCAUCAUGCCAGUGUUUCAUCACAUUUUUGUAAAUAUUGUAAAAUUGUUUGUAUUAAUAUUAUACCUCUUCCAUCAUCCGAAGAGAUUAUGAGAUACACCAGUUGAAUUCAAUAUUCAGUUAGCUAAUGCAUUUUUAGAAAUUAUUUGUAUGUUUGCAGUUCUGUAUUAUCAAGAUUAUUCAGAAAUUAUUUAAUCUGAGGAAAAAAGAACAGUUUAUUGAACAAUUGAAUGAAAACUGUCAGUGAGUAAAUUAUCAACUGAGAAACAAAUUAUAAUUUUCAUGUGUGAAAUUUGAUGAAAUUAUGCUGUAAAAAAUUUAUAUCUUUAAGCAGUGAACAAACAUAAAAUAAUGAAAUAUUUUUAAGCUUAUUUUAUUUGCAACAGAAUUAUUUUUAAUAAUAUUAUUUCUGUAUUAUGUAUUAUGUUAUGAAUCUCAGAACACUGAAAAAUAGGAAUUUUCAAUUUAUAAUUUGAUUUUGCUUAAUAUAGCUUAUAAGAGCAAAUUUUUGUUAUUGUACAAAUGUAAUAUAUUUUACUGUUGCUCAAAUAUUUUGCAAACUAUUGUUUUUGUUAUACUUGUCUGUGGCCAAUAGUGUAUAUUUUGUAUAUUUAUACAUGGUGCUGAAAUAUUUCAAGUGAAAUAUUUGGCACAAGGAGUAAUUGAAAGAGAUGAUUUAUUGUGUUGUCUUCCUUAUGUUUGUUUGUAUUAUUUUGAGCUUGAAAUAUUUUCUGAAAUGACAUGAAAGAUAGAUUUUCUUAUAGAAAUUAAAAUUAUCCUUAUGCAAUAGCACAAAGAGAGCCCUAAGUAUUGGAGGAGUAAUAAGUACAAUAGUAAUAGAAUUUUUUUAUUUAAAAUUUCAGUGAAACGUAUUUUUAACUUGUAUUUUCUUUGUUUUGGUACCAUCUCUUGUACUAGUUGAGAUUACUAUUGAAGCUACUAAUUGAUCUCACUUUAAUUAGCCAUUUGAAAACACAAUUUAGAUAAUUCUGUCAUACAAAUCCAUUUCCAUAAUUUAGCAUCUUAGAUAUGUUUGGGUUGUCAUUACCUGCAGGUUCAUAAAUAAGCUAAACUUAUUCAAUUAAUCACAUUUAUUCACAGUUACAUAGUGAAAGAAAAGAGCAUGUUACCAAAACAUUUCACACUGCGUUUCUGCACGCUAGCGAUAACCACACAGGGACGAGGAAGGCCAAAAAAACAAAAAUCAGUUCACUGUGGAAAAACGUCUAGAGUUUAGUUGUAGCACUGCUAUAUAUGAAAAAGACAAACAGUUAACAUUUAAAAGUUUGUUCCAUGUUGCUGCAACCUAUUUUCUUAUUUCAUUUACGAAAUUUUUCUUUUUGCUGUCCUUUCUAAACAAAUAGUACUUUUAAAAAUUGCUCUACAGAACACAAAACACCUUUUCAUUUUAAUCUAGUUUAAGUAAUUUUAAUUAAUUAAUAUUUUAAAAAAACUGCUGGAUUUGAUAGCUCUAUAAAAUCUAAUUUGGUUCAUUUUAUUAAGGAAAAAAGAAAGCAAGUGAAAUAGGAAAAUUAUUUUCUUGUUACAUUAUUAUUAUUAUAUUAUUAAAGGUAUGUAUAUACAUACACAUGUUUACACUCAUUACAUACAUAUAUUUAUGAAUCCAGUUCUGAUAACAGAAAAAUACCCAAAUAAAUUUCAGAAAUACAUGUGAAAAUAAAUGUGAACCACUGUAUAACUUAAAAUUAUUCUUUUUGAAUAACCUGUGUAAUUUAUAAAGUAAUAGUUUUGACUUCUUACCGUAUCAGUGUUAAACAUACUGAAGAAUACUUUUUAAAGGGAAUUUUUUUUGAUGGCAUAUAAAAUUUAUAGAAAUUUAUAAAAUGUAAAUUUUAGUUAAAUGUUGAAUAUUUCACCUUUAUGCAUCUUAAAAUUUUAAAAAUUAAUAAAAAUAUUGCAUUUAUUGUUUGUCAACAAUUUUAUCCAUCUUGCAUGUGUAAUGCAUUUCCCUUUCAUAUCAAUGAUUAGCAAACAUAAACAAUAUUUUCUGAAGCAAUCAAUCCAGAAUAAAUUUUAUUCUAUACAAUAUCUGUGAAACUUAGCAGAUACUCAUAAAACUUUCUUAAAAUACUAAGACGAUCGCCCAUGGUCCAGAUAAUUUUGGUCUUCCGUGGAGAUGAUCAUUUUAUAAAACUGAUGUUCAAUAUCACUAUUUAUUUAUGUUUUAAGAAAUACAGGUCACUUUUAGAGUUAGGCUAUACAAAUCUUAAAUGCUUUAUUUGCCUAUUAUUUGUGAUACAAUUAUAUAGAACAAGUUAAAUUCCUUCAAUGUGUAAUUGCCAAGUAUUAAUCACACUUGAUAAACUCUUUAUACUUUACUUUUUAUAAAAUCACUGUUAAAAUUUUAGGUUACUGUAUUAGUUUUUAUUACCAAAUAUUUAUUUUCAGCAAGUUAAUAUAACUAAUUCAUAUCUUCUUGUCUUGUCUAUGUGUGCCUUUCAGAUUAAAUCAUGCUUUGCGUGCUAUAUUUGCCCUUUAGCCAAAUGUGCCUUUCAUUUUUGCUGUCCUCAAUGUAUUAUGUAUAUUUUGUACAUUUUAGGUUUUUAAUAAAAUUACAAAUUUAUGUUGA